AUGGCAAUCGCAAACAAUGACAUGCACAAAAGAGAAGAGGUUUCAACAGAAGCAACUAAUUCCAAUGAAGAGAUCAAUUCAAAGAAAUCUCUGACCUACACAUUACCGACCCUAUAUGCACCAAUGUCUACAUCAACAGUGACAGAAGAUGCUACUUCCACAGAGGAUCCAGGGCAAUACCAUAUAACACUAUUUACACCCGCACAUACAUCUUCAUCCAUCUUAGACAUGACAGAAGCUACACAGAAAACGGUCGAUCCCUAUGCACCACUCCCUACAAAAUAUUCUGUGCUUGUUUCAAAAGCACCAAAUGAAGUUACCAGAACCACGAAAUCAUGGGCCAUUGCGACAUCCACUGCCUCCGCUAGUGCAUCAACAACACCCUCUAUAAUGCCUGUCAAGUCUUACUCAGGGCUGAAUAAGGGGGAAUUGGCAGGCGUCAUUGUGGGAAGUAUAGCCGGCGGUCUAAUGGCUAUCUACCUACUUUAUGUAAUUUGUUGGGGCAGGAGGAAAGCCUUGCGAAAAGCUAGAGAGGAAAAGUCUUUAAAAGAUAUGGAAAAGAAGACAGAUCAUGUUAGUACCAUCCAUCUUGACUAUGACAGCGACGAAGAUGAGAAGAAUCCCUACAUGCAUCAUGAUGACAAUCAGCCUGUCAGCUUGCCCCGAACUCAACCACAGUAUGAUCCUACUCGGAUCUAUUGCUCAACGUCUCGUUCUGACCCUAAAGAAGAUUUUCGAUCGUAUUACAGGACAUCCCCUAGUAAUACAGGUAAUAGCAGUUCGUUAUCAGAAGGCUCUACUACACCAUUAAAUGUUCACAACACUCUGCAGCCAUUUUACGGUGGUUUCAAACCUUUCUAUGGGCCAAUGUUGCAGCAUCAGCCUCCUGCUUUUGUCAAUCAUUCCACGAAUAGCAUGUCAUUGUACGCACCGCAUCAAAAGCCAUACACAGCUUCUACAAUGCCUGUCGCCGGAAAUGCAAGCCAGCACUUUUCGCCAAUGUAUGAAAUAGGCGCACCUUCCAGUACAAUGGGGGCAUUGUACUAUCACCGUCUCAAUCCUGCCACACCAGAGAUCUACCAACAUCAACAAGUAUAUCGUAGUAAUAUAGGUUCUCCUACUAACAAGAGUGGUAGCGAACGUUGUGGAAGCACUGUAUCAUCAGUUUUGAUGCAUGGUGUUGUUGAAGAUGAGGAUAUUCAAAGUCUGCCGCCAAGCGAACCUGCUACCGCCUUACAUUCUGUGGACCAGAAUGUUGCACAGCAGAAGCAAUCACUGCCAUCGCAACCAACAAGUGAAGAUCUAGCAAACAAUGCCGAAAAGGCAUUAUCCCCAAUAUAA